AUGCCUUACCGAUCUCCCUGUUGUGUAGUGACGGAAGAGAGGAAAGCCACCGAAGCCAAGAGGAUGAACGAGUCCUCCAAGAGGCGCUUCAUGAUGGGCCUUCAAGGGAAAAAGGCGAACCGGCAGGCGAGGGCGGAGCCGGUACCGUCGACAGGGGUUGAUCCGGAAGAUUAA